AUGUCACAAAAAGUUCAACAAGCAGCUACACGUUCGUUGAUGCAAAAAUACAUUAAUAAGGAGACACUUAAAUAUGUAUUCACUACACAUUUUUGGGGGCCUGUAUCGAACUUUGGUAUACCAAUUGCUGCUAUAUACGAUUUAAAAAAAGACCCGACAUUAAUUUCAGGUCCUAUGACUGGUGCAUUAGUAAUGUAUUCGGGUGUAUUUAUGAAGUAUGCAUUAGCAGUGACUCCAAAGAAUUAUCUGUUAUUUGGAUGUCAUAUCAUUAAUGAGUCAGCACAAUUAGUUCAAGGUUGUAGAUUUAUUAAUUAUAAUUAUUUCAAAACAGAUGAAGAAAAACUUGCAAUCCAAGAAUCUUAUGCUAAAGCUGAAAGAGAACAAGAAUUAAAGAAACUAGAACUUGCAGCCAAGAAACCAUAA